AUGCUCAUCUUAUACGUGAUGAUUGUGGGUGCAGCUGCCUUCACCAUCCAGCCCGAGGAACACACAGUGGCUGCAAGAAACUGCCAAUUUCGUGGCAAGCAUUUCAAAAAGUACUUCAGGGUGGAAGAGGAGCCUGUGGUCCUGCGGUGCCCCCAGGCACGGUCAGCCAGCCCCCACCUCAAUAUAAUGUGGCAUAAGAAUGACUCGGGAAGGCUGGUCCCAGGAGAUGAAGAAACCAGAAUGUGGGUCCAGGACGGGGCUCUCUGGAUUCUGCCGGCCUUACAGAGGGAUUCCGGCACCUACAUCUGUACUGUCAGAAAUGCCUCUGCCUGUGAUGAAAUGUCCACUGACCUCAAGGUUUUUGAGAAUACUGAAGCGUCCCUACCAUUCAUCUCAUACCUGCAAAUUCUAACCUUGUCAUCCUCAGGAUUGUUAGUGUGCCCUGAGCUGAGUGACUUCACCCAUAACAAAACUGACUUGAAUAUUCAGUGGUACAAGGAUUUUGCUCCUCUGGACCAAGACAAUAGAAAGUCUCUAAGUUUGGGGGGAACCACUCACUUAUUCAUAUACAAUGUGUCUGUAGAAGAUGCAGGCUACUAUAGCUGUGGUAUGAUAUUCUCCCAUAAUGGCACACGAUACAACAUCACAAGGAAUAUUAAAGUGCGUGUCAACCAAAAAGAAGAAGAGCCAAUUCCGGUGAUAGUGUCCCCCCACCAGACCAUAUUAGCUUCACUGGGAUCAAGACUGACAAUCCCAUGUAAGGUGUUCCUGGGAAUCGGCACCAAAUCAAUCUCUGUUGUGUGGUGGACAGCCAAUGGCACUACGAUAGACAGUGCCUACCCAAGUGGCCGAGUGACUGAGGGACCGGAGAAGGAAUAUUCAGAAAAUAACGAGAACUACGUUGAAGUGCCAUUGGUUUUUGAUCCAGUCAUAAGAGAGGAUUUGAACACAGACUUUGAAUGCACUGUCACUAAUAGAAUGAGUUUUCAGACACUACAUACCAUGGUCAAAGAAGCCUCCACCUUCUCCUGGAGAAUUGUUCUGGCUCCGCUCUCGCUGGUCCUCUUGGUGUUGGGAGGAAUCUACAUGCACAGACGGUAUAAACACAGAGCUGGAAAAUCAUAUGGUCUGACCACAGUAAAGCUGGCCAUGAAGAUUUUUAAAUCCCAUCCAAUCAAAAUAAAGGAGAUAAAAUAG